AAUGAUAUUGGGUUCAGAUAAUCUUAUAUUAGCAGGAUUCAUAAUUGCUUCUUUAUUCUUAAUAAAAGGGCCUAAUUUUUAAUAUUAUUGGUUUGUUUUCAAUGGAAUCUGGAUUCAUUUAUAUUUGGAUGGAACAGUUGGAUAUUGGCAAAAACAUUAAUGGUAAUCUAUUAUUGUUAUUAUUUGAGGCUUUUCCAAAAGUAUAGUGAAUUAGAUUUGAGAUAUCCAUUAUAAGAGCCUACAUUAAUGACUAUUUCAGCAAUUGAAUUCUUUAUUAUGGGUCCCUUAUGUGUUUGGAUUGCUUUAAGAAUUAAAUUUUAAAAAAAUGAGAUUUUAACAAAUUUUUUGAUUGGUUUAACAUCAGCUAUUUAAAUAAUGGGAACAAUAUUCUUUGUUGCUAAUGAAUGGUCUAGAAAUUUCAAAGAUGUUUGUUAAUAUGGUUGUUUCACUUAUACCUUUGCAAAUAUUUUUUAUUUUUGGAUAUUUUUUGUUGCUGCUAAUCCAGUUUGGAUCAUUGUUCCAUUAUAAUAAAUAAUUACAGCAUAUAAGAAUCUCAAAAAUUUGUUUGAGCCAAAAAAAAGUAAAAAGGCAUGAU